UAGCAUGUGUGGCAGUGCUAACGCUGUGGUUUAGCAGAGUAAUGUUGUAGUUUUCUUUUCCUUCUUCGACUCUUGGAUGUGUGGAAAUGUCCGGCUUUGAGGAUCUUAAAGCUUUAUUCGGACGGAGGCUGCUCGCUGCGGUUAUCAGAGACCUGAGAGGACGAGAAACCAGAUCUGAAUACGAAGAGGAGCUCCACCGCCAGAGGAAGCUGCUGGAUGUGAUUUUAAUCCCUGAGAUAAAGCUGCACAGAGCAGACAUCCUUGAUGAGUAAAGAAGAGCUUCCCCCUGAGCAGCAGGAGUGGAACCUCAGUGUGGACCAGGAGGACACUGAGCCCCCCUGACAUGACAGAGGAAAAUGAUGGACUGAGGAGCAGCUGGCACGCAGAGCAGCUUCACAGACUGGAGGAGGCUGACACUACCAUUCCUGUUUCUGUGACCAGUAAAAAUGAUGUGAGAAACCUCAGUCCUCACGGCACUGUGGGAGCUGAUGGAGAGGACUGUGGAGAAGCAGAGCCAUGCAGGAACUCGGAUGCAAGGAGAGAUUUAGAACUAAAGACUGAGGUCAAGACUCACCACUAUUCUGAAGCUGAGACUGAUGACAGUGAAGACUGGACAAAAAGCAGAGAACUUCAGUCAGUUUUAAAUUUUGUAGAAAACACUGAAAAUGAGAGAUCAGAGAAACCAUAUAGCUGCCAUGAGUGUGGUGAAGUAUUUACAGCGAAACAACUUCUGACUCAACACACGAGAAUUCAUGUAGAGACACUGUUCAGCUGCUCUGUAUGUGGGAAAGGAUUCAAACAAGAACGACACCUCACCAGACAUUUGAGAAUUCACACAGGGGAGAACCCCUUUAGCUGCUCUGAGUGUGAUAAAAGAUUUAACCGUAAAGACAGUCUAACCAGACACUUGGUAGUUCAUACAGAAGUAAAGCCUUUCUGUUGCUCUGUUUGCAGUCAGGGAUUUAACCACAAGUCUGUUCUGACACUUCACAUGGCACAUCACAGAGGAGAGAAACCCUUUGGCUGCAGUAUUUGUGACCAAAGAUUCUCAUGGCCUAAACAGUUAAAAAGACAUAAGUGUCUUGGAUGCCAGGCUGGGGAGCUUCACCAAAUCCAUCCUGAGGAGACAAGAGAGACAGAAACUAAUGGAGAAGACUGUGGAGGAGCAGAUCCAGUCAAGAACUCUGAUCCAAGGAGACAUUUACAACUCAAGACUGAGGACUCCUCAGAAGCUGAGACUGAUGACAGUGAUGAUUGGAAAGAGACCAGAGAACAUCCAUCACGUUUAGGUUUUCCAGGAAACGAUGACAUCUGCCAGGCUGCAGCAACGUUUGACUCUGACAGAAGAAAACACACAGAUAGAAUGUUUGUCAGUGGCUCAGGAUGUUUGAACCAGGUUACAGUAAAUGGAACGGUGGCCCAUGAAAUCGAUGACAUCUGGGGACACAGAGGAUCAAAGCAGGAGGACAGUGCAUCCUCAUUUAUUAAGGAGGAACAGGAAGAGGUCCAUAUCAGUCAGGCCAAUACCCUGAAGGUCCUAUUCAAUCCUACUCCUGUGAAGAGUGAAGCUGAUGAAGAGAAAUCUCAGUUCUUGCAUCUUCAUCAGAGACAAAGUGAACAGAUGGAAACAGGAGUUAAUGGAGAGGACUGUGGAGGACCAGAACCAGCCAGGAACUCAGAUCUAGAGAGCCAUUUACUACCAGAGACUGAGGUCAAGACUGAAAACUUUUCUGGAACUGAUGACAGUGUGGACAGUGAUUUUUGGACAGAGACCAGACAACGGCAGCCAAGUUUAAAAUCUGUAGAAAACUCUGACCAUGCUAGAGAAACAACUCAAAAGACAUCACAAAGCUGUUCAGAGUGUGGUAAAACCUUCAAAACAAAAUGGCUUUUGAAACAACAUAUGAGAAUCCACACAGGAGAGAAACCCUUCAGCUGCUCUGUUUGUAGUAAAAGAUUCAAUGUGAAGGGAAGUCUGACCAAACACAUGACACGUCACACAGGAGAGAGACCCUUCAGUUGCUCCGAGUGUGGUAAGAGAUUUGACAGAAAAGGAAGUCUGACCAGACACAAGAUAGUUCACACAGGGGAGAAACCCUUCAGCUGCUCGUUUUGCACCAAACGUUUUAACCAAAGGUCUAGUUUGAAACGUCACUUGGCACAACACAGAGGAGAGAAACCCCAAGUCUCCUCUCUCAGAGGUUUGGAAAUGUCCUGGUUGAAAGAAUCACCCUCUCCGGUUCUCAGAGACCUGGGAAGACUAGCAACAAGACCUGAAUACGAAGAAGAGAGAGAACUGCUGGAUGUGGGUGUAACACCUGAAAUAACGCAGCAGAGAGCAGAUAUCCAGCCACCAUUAAAGAGUAAAGAAGAACUUCCGUGCAAACAGCAGCAGGUGUGGAGCCCCAAUCUGGACCAGAAGGAUUCAGAGCUCCCACACAUUAAAGAGGAACAGGGCAGUGAGGAGGGACAGCAGCUUCAAGGACUAGAGGAGGCUGAUUCGACCAAGUUCUCCUUUACCCUUGUCACUGUAAAAAGUGAAGAUAAUGAAGAGAAACCUCAGGUCUCACAGCUUCAUCAGAGACAAAGUGAACAGAUAGAAACAGGAGCUGAUGGAGAGGACUGUGGAGGAGCAGAAGCAGCGAAGGACUCAGAUCCAGAGAGGCAUUUACAGCCAGAGACUGAGUGCAAGACUGAAAACUCUUCUGAACCUAAGACUGAAAACAGUGACGAAUGGAGGGAGACCAGAGAACACCCUUUAGGCUCACCCUCUGCAGAAAACAUAGAAAAUAAUAAACCAAAGACUAGUAAGAAAUUACACAGCUGUUCAGAGUGUGGUAAAACAUUCAAAGACAAACAGGAUCUCACCAGACACAUGAGAAUUCAUACAGGAGAGAAACCCUUCAGCUGCAAUGAGUGUGGGAAAACAUUUAGAAGGAAACAAGAUUUGACCAGACACAUAAAAAUUCACACAGGAGAGAAACCUUUCAGCUGUGCUGUUUGCAGUAAAAGAUUUAACCUAAAGGACCAUUUGACAAGGCAUAUUCUACUCCACACAGGAGAGAAACCGUUUAGCUGCUCUGAGUGUGGUAAAAGAUUUAACCAAAAGUGUACUUUGAAUUCACACAUGGCAACUCACAGAGGUGAGAAACUGUUUGGCUGCUCAGAAUGCAGUCAAAGAUUUAGUCGAAAGUCAAAUCUAACACGUCACAUGGCGCUUCACAGGGAGCAGAAACCAUACGUCUACUCUAUUUGUGACCAAAGUUACUCCUGGUAUUUCAUAUUAAGAAACCCUAAGUGUGCUGGAGUUCAGGAAUCAGGGCUUCAUCAAAACCAAACUGGAGAGAAGGGAGAAGCAGAAACAGUAGCUGAUGGAGAGCAGUGUGGAGGAGCAGAACAGGCCGGAAACUCAGACCCAGAGAUAAUUUUACAACCAGAGACUGAAGUCAAGACUGAAGACUUCUCAGAAGCUGAGACUGAUGACAGCGAUGACUGGAUGGAGACAAAAGAACAACAGUCAGGUCUACCCUUUGUGAAAAAUAUAACACUCAGGGGACCAGUUAUUGAUAAGAAAUCACAUAGCUGCUCUGAAUGUGGGAAAAAAUUUAAAAAGAAACAUGAUUUGACCCGACACAGGAGAAUUCACACAGGGGAGAAACCCUUUAGCUGCUCUGUUUGCAAUAAAAAAUUUAAUGAUAAAGGAAAUCUUUCCAAUCAUAUGUUAGUUCACACUGGAGAGAAACCCUUCAGCUGCUCUGUUUGCAGCAAAAAAUUUAAACAAAGAGCUAAUCUAAAACUGCAUAUGGCACAUCAUAGAGGAGAGAAAUCCUUCAGCUGCAGUCUGUGUGACAAAAGAUUCUCAUGGCGUUCACAAUUAAAACAACACAAAUGUGUUGGAGGGCAGACUUCAGAGCUUCAUCAAAACCAAAAUGUGGAGGCAGGAGAGGAAAAAAAACGAGAAGACUGUGGAGGAGUAGAACCCUAUAGGACUUUAGACCCAGAGAGACAUGUAGAACCAGAGAUUGAUGACAGUGUUAAAUGGAGGGAGGCCAGACAGAAUCAGUCAGAUUUUAAAAAUAAGAGGCAAAAGACAGGUAAGAAAUCACAUAGCUGCUCUGAGUGUGGUAAAACAUUCAAAGAUAAACAAGACCUGACCCGACAUAUGAGAAUCCACACAGGAGAGAAACCAUUCAGCUGUUCUGAAUGUGGUAAAAGAUUUUGCCUUAAGGGUUACCUCUCAACUCACAUGGCCCGCCACAAAGGGGAGAAACGCUACAACUGCAUUGUGUGUCACCAAAGAUUCUUUUGGCAUGCCCAGUUACAAAGUCACAAGUGUGCUGAAGGUCAGGCAUCAGGGCUUCAUAAACAGGAGAGAAGAAAGACAGGAGCUGAUAGAGAGGAUUGUGGAGGAGCAGAAGCAGCCAGGAACUCAGAUCCAGAGAGACAUUUACAGCCAGAGACUGAGAUCAAGACUGAAGACUCUUCUGAACCUGAGACUGAGGACAACAAUAGUAAUUAUAAAUCAACCAGGUUUAAACUCUGAGUAAUAAUGACAUUACUGUCAGUGACAGGUGUGAAACGUUUCAUAAACUCACACAAGAGAAACAGCAUUUUCCCUACAUAAUUUAUGCAACAUAUGUAAAAAAUAAUAACCGAAAUCUAUUGUUUGUAAAUAACUUGCAGGCUGUUGAUGUGAAAUAACUUAGCAGGGGACCCAAAUG